AUGGAACUCAUGGACAUGAUGCUUCCACUCGUGGCGAUCAACACCGCCGACUCGGUCGGGUCCAGCCUAGUGAAGCUGGGUAUUCUGUGCGCGGUCAGCCGCUAUGCAGCGGUGACGGCGCCCUUCUUCAUCCUGGCGCUGUGGGUCCUCCAGCGGUUCUACCUGAAUACCUCUCGGCAGGUCCGACUGCGUGACAUUGAACCGAAGGCGCCGCUGUACUCUCACCUGCUGGAGACGAUCGACGGACUCCCGAUCAUCCGGGCCUUCCAGUGGACGACGGAUUUCGAGACAAAGAAUGAUCGGCUGAGGACCCGGUCCCAGAUCCCCAUUUACACGCUCUACUGCGUCUAG